AUGUUUCUCCCUUACGGAGAGGAGACACUAAAGCUGCUGGUCGUCUGCGAUUGGACAGAUGGAGAAAACGUCGUGACCAGUCACAGAGCUGUGUUCCUUGAAGGGGUGGGAUCACGAAGAAAAUGCGGAGGAGGAGGAAGUCUUGAAUUUUCUUUGGGGGAAUUUAGAUACUUCGUGCUCAAAAGGUCCUUUAUAGAGGAAGCUGUUGUGCAUCAUAUUUCCAGCAAUGUAACUUUUCUUAUUUUCCAAAUACAUUCACAUUAUCAGAAUACAACAGUGUCUUUUUCUCAGACCCUCCUUCCCAAUACCUCGGGAAUAGGCACAGACAGAGGACUGAUUUCCAUUCUUAGACCAAAGCAGAGUAUGUGCACGUGGUACUUAGAGGCUGCAGAUGCUGGGCCUGUCCAAAGUAUGGCUAUUCCACUCUCUUAUUCAGAAAGGGAUCCUGUCCCUGGAGGCUGUAAUUUAGAGUUUGAUUUAGAUAUCGAUCCCAACAUUUACUUGGAAUUUGAUUUCUUUGAAACAGUCAUCAAAUUUGCCCCAGCAAACCUAGGCUAUUCAAGAGGCACAGACCCUCCACCAUGUGAUGUUGGAACAGGCCAGGACUCUAGGUGGAGGUUGCAGUAUGAUGUCUAUCAGUAUUUUCUGCCUGAGAAUGACCUCACUGAGCAGGUGUUGCUGAAGCAUCUGCAGAGGAUGGCCAAAGUACCUCAAGUGAAGGCCAAUGCUAUCAAGGUAGUUACCCUAACAGCUAUUGAUAAGACAAGUAUUUACUUCUCCUCUCUCCGGGUACAAGGUGUAAUUUAUAAUGUCAUUGUUUGGGACCCACUUCUAAAUACAUCUGCUGCUUAUGUUCCUGUUCACACGUAUGCUUGCAGCUUUAAGGCAAUGGAGGAUAAUUGUGCUUCUCUAGGAAGAGUAUCUACCAAAGUAUUCUUCACUCUUUUUGCCCUGCUUGGUCUCUUCAUUUGUUUCUUUGGACACAGAUUCUGGAAAACAGAAUUAUUCUUCAUAGGUUUUAUCUUCAUGGGAUUCUUCUUUUAUAUACUGAUUACAAGACUGACAGCUAUUAAGUAUGAUGUUCGUCUGAUUCUAACCGCCGUAACUGGAAGCAUUGGUGGCAUUUUCUUGGUGGCUACAUGGUGGCGAUUUGGAAUCCUCAUGCUUUGUAUGCUGUGUGUUGGACUAGUGCUGGGGUUCCUCAUCUCCUCUGUGAUGUUUUUCACCCCACUGGGAAAUCUGAAGAUUUUCCGUGAUGAUCUUGUAUUUUGGCUGUCCUUCUCUUGUAUAGCUAUUAUCAUUCCAGUGGUGUUCAUGGGCUGCCUCAGAAUACUGAACAUACUGACUUGUGGAAUCAUUGGCUCCUAUUCGGUGGUUUUGGCCAUUCACAGUUACUUGUACACGAGCCUUUCCUACAUCACUUUGAAUGUACUCAACAGAGCGCUCAACACAGAUUUCCGCAGAGCUUUCUCAAAUGUGCCUUUUCAAACUACUGACUUUAUUAUCCUGGCAGUAUGGGUAAUGCUGGCAGUAAGUGGAAUUACGUUACAGAUUCGAAGAGAAAGAGGUCAACCAUUUUUCCCACCCCACCCUUACAAGUUAUGGAAGCGAGAAAGAGAGCGCAGAAUAACGAACAUCCUGGACCCUAGUUACCACAUCCCUCCGCUGAGAGAAAGGUUUUAUGGCCGAUUAGCUCGCAUCAGAGAGUUCUUCCAGGAAGAACAGUCAGCUGGAGAGAGAACACCCCUGCUUCUGUAG